AUGACCAAUUUCAACCAUGAACGCCUAACAAUUGCCGUUGGAGUCACUCGCCAGGCUCGAGUAGCUCUCAGCGCCGCGUUCGAAUACUGUAUGAAGCGCGAGGCCUUUGGUAAGACUCUGAUGGACCAGCCUGUAGUGAGGCACAGGUUAUCCAAGGCUGGUGCCGAACUAGAGUCCAUGUGGGCUUGGGUAGAGCAGUUCUUAUACCAAAUGAGCCACAUGCCAAAGGCCGAGGGAGAUAGGAGACUGGGUGGCUUGACUGCUCUGGCUAAGGCCAAGGCUGGAAUGGUCCUCAAUGAGUGUGCUCAGGUGGCGGUUUUGCUCUUCGGGGGACUUGGAUUCACAAAGUCUGGCCAGGGAGAAUUAGUUGAGAAAAUACUGCGUGAUGUCCCUGGAGCUCGGAUACCAGGAGGGUCGGAAGAUGUUCUCCUUGAUCUUGCCGUUCGGCAGCUUGUGAAGAAUUUCAAGGCCGAAGGGAAGAAACUCGGCAAGACUGCUAAUCUCUAG